GGAAAAAAAAUCAUAUUUGCAGCUUACAUUUGUAUGAGCAUGUGUAACUUCAGUGUCAUUUACAGAGUGGGAACUUUGAGUGUACAGUUUAACACAAUUUCUUCCUUUUUUCCUUACCUUUUGAUAUAAUUACUGCACUUAAAAAAAAAAACUUUUUCCAAAUUUUUUCUACAACUAUAAUUUUUUACACAUUCACAAACUUUAAUUUCUCCUCCAGAUUUGUUUCAUAGGUUUAUCAAAGGGUGACAUACAACCAUAGGCUUUUCAAUUUUUCCUGAACAUUAUUACACCUGCUUAGAUAUUACUGACCCUUAACUGAGCCCAUAGAAGUAUUGUUGAGGAAAAUGCAGCAGAUGCAAAAAUUGGAUUCUGAAGGCAUUUUGCAUUUUUUUUCCAGCCACUUUUUUCGCAUUUCAGUGACCUAUAUCCAUAGUUGUUAUUGAUAACAAACUGUACACUGAGUAUACUAGACAGUACCUGGAAUCAAACUAAAGGGCUAGAAACACAUACAUGAACAGACAGUAAGAGGCAUGGGUAAAACAUCCUUUACUCAGUUCAUAUUCAGGCUUACACACACACACACACACGCACACAAGGUGAAAUGGAGAAACUUGAUCAGAGUCAAAUGUCACAUUUUAAGAGUAAAUGGUUCUUUGUCCAAUCUGUGACCACUAAUAUCCAUUACUUGUACAUUACAUAACCCAUGGAAGAUGUAAGUGGGAGUGGUUAAUCAAUACAGUUUAGUGUCCACAGUAAACAGGGUGAGGCAGUCAACACACUGCUGAAUACCCCAUCAGUCGCACUUAGGAUCCUGACAAGACAGAGGAGUUUCUUCAGAUGGAGGUCUCAAAGGAGAAUAUGUCAGAACUGGAGAAUGGCAUGGUCACUAUUAUCCGAGUUUUCCACAAAUACUCGGGUCACAAGUGCAAGCUGAAGAAAGCUGAGCUUAAAGCGCUCAUCAACAAUGAGAUGAGUCUUUUCAUAAUGAAAAUCCAAGAGAACGAAACUCUGGAUGAGCUUUUUGCGGACCUCGAUCAGAACAGAGACCUGGAGAUCGACUUCAAAGAGUUCAUCGCCCUCAUCGCCAUGGUCACCUCAGCAUGCCAUGAACUCUUCAUCCCAAAUCAACAUAAUAAGUAGUUAGCACGUAUGCCGAUUACUCAUUAAAAAAAUGAGGAACACAGGAACAGAGUGUUUGAAUUUUUUA